GGUGACGUCAUCCGCUUCCCGAGGGAGCCUCGUUCCUUCGUUCGUUCGUUCCCUCGGCGGUUCAGCUGAAGUCCAGGCCAGGGAACCAUGGAGGCCACAGAUCGAGGCGCAGGCGGUGGGGCCGGCGGUCCCGAGGGUCAGCGUGGCCCGGGAGACCCCGGUGUCCCAGAUGGCCCCGGAGGCCACGAGGGCCCCGGCGGAGGUGGUGAGGGAGAGGAGUGUGCCGCGGCCGGUGCGGCCCCGCGGGUCGCGCAGGCGCCAUGUGCUCCCGUCCCGGGCGCAGCUGCCGUGCCAGGGCUUGGCGGACACCCUUUGCCGGGACCCGGUGGGCACGGCGGGCCCACAGCCGGAGGGCCGGGGAGCCAGCCGCUGCAGUUCUAUGUCACCAUGCCUUUCCCGUCACCCACGGAGGCACAGGUGGCCCACCAGUGUCUGGCGACACAGGGCCAGCCCCAGGUCGGGGCAGUUCGGAAGGAGUUCACGGUAUUCGGCAACGUCCUAAUUAUCCGACUGACUGCCGAAGAGCCUGGCCAACUCCAGAUUUCCAUCGCCUCCUGUCUUGACCAGCUUUCCCUGUUGGUUUGGACCAUGCAGCGCUUCGUGCCCCCGUUUUUCAGAUUGCCGGAGCCAGGCAAAAGGGGCUAAUUGUAACCUAGCGUCCCUCCCUUCCCUAGGGCGUCCAUUCCGAUGCUGGUUGCCGCUUUAUUACGGGGGUCUAAUUGUUUGUAUUGGACUUUGGGCCUUGUUUUUCCCUAUUGCUGGAGGAGGGGCGUUCUUACAGCAGAAAAUAAAACUACUUUUCCGCA